CUCUUUAGAGUCAUUGAAAUGCUCACAAAGGAAUCAAUUCGUUUUAUAACGACUAUCUGAUUCCUGACCUCAAGAUUUUCGAUUCCCAACCCUACAGUUGAGUGAGGCAUGCGUUAAUGAUUGUGGUAUCCUUACAGGAGUGUUAACCUUCUCUCUGUCUCUGUAGCGGCCAUGAACUUCUCCACCUCCAGCAGUGAGAGCAGCUGCGGUACACCAAUGACAUACACCAAUGACAAGCCUCCGUUCACCAGCCACUUCCGCAAACCCAGAGUUCAGUUUUUAGAGCUGGACAGUGAGUCCGGCGGCUCGUACAGCUUAAAAAUGAGUGACAGCGGCUGGACGUCGGAUUAUGGUUAUACAUCAGACAGUGAGCAUACCUCUUCAGCAGAGGAGAACAGAGGAGCAGGCAAUAUUCGUCGUCCUCGUCCUCUUCCUCCUCCUCCACCUCCACCCGACAGCCCAAAUAUGCCCCGCCAUCUGCCACGCCGUCCACCCCCGACCCCUCCACAACCACAACAGGAGGAUGGAGACGCCCCACUCCCUCCACAACAGGAGGAUGGAGACGAGGUAAUGGACAUGCAGUAUUUAGCCGACAAUGAAGAGGAGGAGGACUUAUAA